UUUUGUUACUGCGCCGCUAGCUAGAUCUUGCUAGCUGUGCAUCGUUGCUAUUAGCUCUAGCUAGCUAGCUAGCUAGUAGUAGAGCUAUUAGUACCUCAAAAUGAGCCAAUGCGCUGCACUGGAGCUCAAGCAAUUGAAUCGAAUCGAAAGGUCCCAACGAAAUGCAACACCAUUUUCAGCUCCAUUAUCCCACACACUGCAGUUCUUAGCCUCAACAAACGAAAAAGAUCACUGAUAAUCUACCUACUGUAAACCCCCGUUAUAUACAUGAUAUCAAAGCAACGGAAGCCAUGGAUGGUAGUGAAGAUGGUGCCGCAAAGCCUGCCAGCGUCGCAAACGAGGUUGUCAAUAUUAAUAAUAUUCCUUCAGGCCAGAAUGACAGUCGACCUGGUGCCAUCAGUGUAAGGCGCGGGUCUGAUUCCGACUACUACGGCAAAAAGGGCCUUCGACGACAGGGAAGCCGUCAAAACAAUGGUGAUCAUAAUGGCGAUCGCCAGCCUUGGAGAGUUCUUUGGAGAUCUUCGUCACAAACUUUCAUGGGUCUUCGACGUAAAAGCAAUAGUGAUACCGCUAUCGGAAAAGCGCCCGAUGAUGCGAGCUAUCCAAUGUCUGCUCAAACAAGGAACAGUCUAUCCGACAAGCAUGGCCUCAGAGGAAACAGACCUAGUUUCAUCAACCAAGACAAGAGAAGCCGGUCGGAGGGCAGUGGUGCCCAACAGGAAAUAUCCGCCCAAGCAAGAAUCGACCUCUCCAGCAAGCACGGUCUGCGAGCAAACAGACCCAGCUACAUUAACCAGGAAAGGAGAAGCCGGUCAGAGGGCAGUGAAGCCCAACAGGAACUGCAAACACAAGCAAGAAACGACCUCUCCAGCAAGCACGGUCUCCGAGGAAACAGACCUAGUUUCAUCAGCAACAGCAGCAGAAACCAGUCAGACGGGAGCCAACAAGAACAGAACGAACCACCAGCACAGGCUGGUAACCUGCCGAAAAAGAACGGUCUUCGGAGAAACAGUGGUACUCGGCAGCAAAUCCCCAAAACGCCAACACCCACAAUAACUUGCAAUCAGGUACCUUGCAGAAGAACUAGCCGCGCGGAUAGCUCCCUGGCUCUGGACCAGUCUAUUUCCGCGGUCGAGCCGGAAUCCGGGUUGGCCGUGAAUCCAGCAAACCUUAGCACUGGACACUUGGACGAGCUCCCUAUUUUCCUUCCUAAUGCCAUGGACAAUGCAAUGGAAGAUGAAGAAAUUGUGCUCGACCGUCUAGAGUCAGGAACAAGUUCCUCGGAUCAGAGAGAUGAUGUCACUCCUGGUGAACCAGAGCCAGAGCUUAGCAUUCCUGCGGACACAAGUCAUCUCGCUGUGGCUACCCUCCUGGCCAAUGAGGAGGAAGACGGCGAUCUUCAACUGGCCCGACCAAUGGCUGCUCGCAAGAAAGACAAGAUAAGCUGCGGUUGGAGAAUGAUGCUGGCUGGAGCUGGAUUGUUCUUUGCUGUGGCCCUGACAGCCGGGAUUGGAGCUGGUGUGGCCCGUAAGAAACGCACUGAAGAAGGGAAUGAUACGAUGGAUAGUGCAUUUCACGUUGCAACGACACCUCCACAAUCCGAGCAUGAUGCCUUAUUGGCGCUGUUUCCAAAUUCGACGCAAGAAGCUAUCUUGAAGGAUCCAUUUUCUCCUCAGGCGCAUGCCUUCCAUUGGAUCCUAGGCGAUCCUUUCUUGCCCAACUACACAGAGCACCGCAUUUUGCAACGGACUGCCCUGGCCACUCUGUACUAUGCCACAGGGGGGCGUGACAAGUGGCUCAUGAAGGGAGUGACGGCAGAGACCAACACGUGGUUGAGGUACAAUGUGUCAGAGUGUGACUGGCCAUUCAAAACCAGUUUUACUCUAGAUCAAAAACAAUACACAGUAACGAGAGAUCAACGGUGCAACAAGGACGGAGAACUGAUGCACCUUUGGCUAUUCAACAACAAUUUGCAAGGCCCGCUGGUGGAGGAAAUCUGCUUGAUAAAAUCGUUGCAAAGCAUUGCUUUGCAUUCCAAUGAGUACUUGACUGGCAGCAUACCAUCCUGUAUAGGAAGCCUGUCUGACUUGGGGUUUGUGUUUCUAAUGGGCAAUGGUUUAUCAAACAGCAUCCCUUCAGAGAUUGGGCUCCUCUCCGAUAGCCUCCAAUUUCUGAACAUUCAUUCAAACCACUUAUCAGGUUCACUUCCCAGUGAGCUUGGUCAGCUAUCCAAGUUGGCAGUUUUGUGGGCAGAUUCCAAUCCGCUCACGGGGCCAAUCGCGACGGAGAUUGGCCGCCUUUCCAACCUGGUCUCGCUGGCGCUGUUUGACAAUGAUAUCACCGGCCGCAUCCCCAGCGAGAUCGGAGGAAUGGAGAAGCUGAACUACCUUCAGCUGAGAGCCAAGCUCACUGGGACCCUUCCAUCGGAAAUUGGCUUACUUCAAUCUGCAGUCACAAUUAUUCUAUAUGGCAAUUCCUUGACAGGGACGCUGCCAACAACGCUGGGAUUGAUGAGUUCCCUGUUCUUGCUUGAUAUUCGGAAGAAUCUGCUGUCAUCGAGUUUGCCCAGAGAAAUUGGACGCUGUUCUAGCUUGGACACGCUAUUUAUUGCUGAUAACAGUUUGACCAGUCUUCCCACAGAGCUGGGCUUGCUACCGCACCUAAGGAGACUUGAUGCGAGCUUUAACAGAUUGAGUGGCUCGAUUGCUACAGAGCUCGGAACGGCAACAUCACUUGAUGGUAUUUGGUUGGAUGGGAACCAGCUAGGAUCCAGGCUGCCGUCAGAAUUGGGGCGUCUCACAAAGCUGGGCAACUUCAGUGCACCAGGCAAUAACCUCUCCGGCGCUAUCCCCUCAGAGCUAGGAUUGCUCACUGAUUUGGAGAAGCUUCAUUUGCAGUCGAACAACCUCAGCGGGGAGCUCCCAGCGCAACUAGACGAGUUGGUGGUGUAUUGGAACUUAUCUUCAUUGGAUGUCUCUGAUAACCCGCGCCUGAGUGGAACGGUUCCAUCGGGCUUGUGCGCGCUUGAGAUGGAGUCACAAUCUUUGAAGUUCAGUUGCGGCAUCGACUUGUGUGGGUGCGGAUCCUGUGGCUGUGACUGAUUGAAACAUAGCAGGUUUUUGUUUGCGACAGGACUACAUAGACAAUAGUUGGUUCAACAAAGGCUUCACGUGAACAGGAAAGAGUCCUCGUGCCAAUACUGUUGCUCUAUCCAGCUGCAUGACUAGCUAGUUAUUUGGCCACGUGUAUGCUCAGGUACAUGGAUGCCCGUGGUGUUCCUCAAAAGCUGCCUCAAAGCAGCCUUGUCAGGCGGUUAUUGUCUUAUCCCGCCUUCCUAGCUAGGAAACGCAAGGAGCCGAUUACUUUUAGCCAUCUUAGUUCCGGUGGAUGGGGAUAUCUCAUAUCAAGUAGGGAGCCAACCCAUGCCAAAGCAACUUUUAGAGGCACCCUGUGGCAGGGCUGCAUGUGCGCUUGUACUGUACACUUCGUCGUCGUUCCAAGAGGACCUCUUAGUCGGAUAGUGACUCAACCGUAGCCUGCAGUACUGGAUGCAGCCGCGUAUCAAUGACCGGUUUUUCCUUUUGAUUCCAAGCACGUCCAAAUGGUCCUCACGACUGGAAGAUACGUGAGGUUCGGUCCUCCC